AUAUUGAUUUUCUUUUUAUGUUAGAACUUUAGAGUAUACAGAGCAUCCUCAACACAAGCCAUUAAUCAAAACCGAUGUUUAAAGAGGAAGGUGAAGAAGGGGCACGCAACUGUUCAAUUUACUUUAUGUAAUCACUAUAGCAGGGCAUAGCUAAGGUCAUUCAACUCCACAUGCUCCUGAUUACAGGCUAAUCAACCACGACCAUUUAACCAAUCAGUGCCGGGCAAAACAAAAGGGAAACACCAAUUUAAAACCAGGGGCCCACUUCAGCUCAUUUUUACCGUCUGUAGCGUUUGUCACCAAUUUAAUUCAUCAUGCAGAAAGGUGAAUGGUGAAUGGCUCUUUUUAUCAGUUACAGCACACUGAUGUGUACUAUAACUGGUAGACAGAUUUGUCUAGCAUGAACCAAAGAGCUUUCACAUAAUGAAAAGAACAAAACGGGUGAAAUUAUGGACGUACUCGCAUGGACACAAUGUUUUUUCAUAUUUAACUGCACAGUCUUAACCUUAGCAGUAGUAUUGGGUUUACCUGGGAACUUGUGGGUUUGUUGGGUUGUUUUCAGGACCAAGAGCAUGCAGACCUUCAAUAACGCGCUGCUGGUCAGCUUGGCCGCCAGUGACCUAUUGAAGUGCUCUGUGGACACACCGCUGCUGCUCUUCUCUUUUCUGCGUUACAGGAAGGACAGCCAGGUGUCAGUGUCUGUGUGCACCCUGCAGCAGUUCACCUAUGCCCUGUGCAGCUGUGUCCAGCUGCUCACGCUUGUCAGCAUCAGCGUGGAGCGCUUCCAAGCCAUCGCGUUCCCUUUCCAAACCGAGAGGAGGAAAGCGAGGGUCAGUCUCUGGAUCCUGUCCAUCUGGGCAUGCGGACUCAUUUUGGCUAUAAUCUCUCUGACUCUUUCCAAAAAGGCGCUUUUUUACAUGCUCUGCCGUUCGCACCUCGGGGGUCAUGGCGACGAGCGUCUACAAUAUUCGGAUCCAUUUGGACCCUACGUGCUGGUCCCGGUGUGGGUAUUGUCUCUGACUGUGAUUGUUAUCCACUACGUACGGAUAUUCAAUGUUGUUAGACGGCACCGAAAGAAAGUGUUCAGUCAGGAAGUCCAGCUGAGGGCGACGGUCUCGGAACACGUCUGUGGCUGUGUGAGUGUCAAUGCUUCAGCACCACGGACAGCUCCGCCGGGCUCCUUCAGCCCGUUGCCUCCCAGCCGGACGGUGCUCUUGGUGGCCGAGGCCAGUGCUCCCUGUGCGGGCUCCUCCACAGGAGGCGCCCCAGGAAGACCUCCGGAGAUUGUUGGGGCAGUGUGUCUUCUGACCCCUGGGGCCAGGGAGCGGGGGAAGAAACAGAUGGAAAGGAAGCUGGCCCAGCGUUUUGGGUACAUAAUCAUUGCGUUCACGCUUUCCUGGGUGCCUAUGGUGGUUAUUUUGCUAACGAACGUCAUCUCGUGGCAUAACACUGACAAAUUGCUGAUGGAGCUGGAGACAUCAGCUAUGGUGCUGACCUGUGUGCAGGCUGCAGUGGAUCCCCUCAUCUAUACAUUAGUCACUAGACAGUUUCGCUCUGAACUCAGCAAGAUCCUCUCCUCCAUCCCAAGGUGUCCCCGAGAACGGAGUGCCUGAAGGUUCAAAAAUGUUUGAACAUUUGGAUCACAUGUACUGCACUUUUGAGAAAUCACGCACGCACACACACACCUGAUAGUUGACAUCUGUCUGAAUGGCUGGAUAUGAAACUGUUGUGCUGUGUGCUUCUCAUUACAUUCAAGUAUAUACAACAGGGAAAACAUGAAAUUAGGCUAAAAAAGUGAAUGAUCAAAAUAAUAAUCUUUCAUUAUUAGCUAAGCUAUUUCAUGGUGCAUAACCAUGUCACUCACACACAGAGUGAUUUAGAGGUGAAUGAAAAAGAGAGACCACAGAUUCAGUAUUUGUGGCAGAUAUAGAUGUUUUAUCAGGCGUUUCACAGUCGGGACACAAGACAAGGUCAUAAAUAAUAUCCAACACCUGACAAGAUACGCACAGCAGUAGUCUCAACAACAGCAGGUGGAAUAGGAGGGCAAAGCAAAGAGUGAGAGAGAAACUGACUGAGCCCAGAAAAAAGACAAUCAAAGGGGAGUACAUAACAGAGAAAGAGAGAGACAAAACACAAUCACAGACAUCUGUUUUUGUUGUUUGUAAAUAAAAAUGCAAUCCUUUGACACUUUGAGUGGAGAAAUGCUUACAUAAUAAAUAAACUGUGUCAUUUGAAAGUGCAGCUGACACAACACAACCUGUCUUGAAACAGGGAAGCAGUAAAUAAUUCACGUUAAAUCACUGUCCAAGCAA